GAGUGCGUCACGCAGUGGCCCCGCCCCCACUUCCGGCAAGAUGGCGGCCCCCUGGAAGGGUGCGUGGUUCCGCUUUGGGUUCGGCUGGGAAGCAUGGCAAGGCCCGGAGGCGACGCUGGAACCGCAGCCGCUGGGGCAGGAGGAAGAAGGGGCCGUGCUGCGCGUGAGGCCCGGGUGGAGCCUGGUGGCCCUUACCGCCGCGGAGGGUUCGGUGGAGCUGCGCGGAUUCGGCGGCGGCGCCUCACUCCAGCUCCCGGGCGACUGCGUGGCGGCACUUCCGGGAGAGGGCCACGUGGUGUUGGCGCGCAAGGCGGCCCUGGAGGCGUGGGCGGUGAGGGGAGCCGGGAAGGGGCGCCGCCUGGAGCUGGACCCGCACUGGAGGAGGCCCCUCGCGCCCACAGAAGCCCUGGGCCUUGCCCGCCAGGAGAGACAAGGCGGUGGGCUGCCUCUGGUCCCCGGGGGCUUCGUGGUGCCACGACCACCCUUCUUCCACUCGCUUCCAGCCUCCCUUCGUGCUCGGCACCUGGUCUUGGGCCACGAACACGUGCUGCUCCUGGAUGAGGCCGGGACCCUCUUCUCCUGGGGCAGCGGGAGGCAUGGUCAGCUGGGCCACGGGGACCUGGAAAGCCGGCUGGAGCCCCAGGCGGUGGAGGCCCUUCAGGGAGUGGCCCUAAAGGAAGUGGCGGCCGGAGGCUGGCACUCAGCUGCCGUCAGUGAGGCAGGCGACUUGUACCUCUGGGGCUGGAAUGAGUCUGGCCAGCUGGGUCUGCCCUCCAAGGCCGCGGCCGAGAGCCAAAGGGCUGCAAGGGACACAGAUAGCACAGGACUCUCUUCAGGGGAUGCGCAGCCACGGGGCCCCCCCGGAGCAGACUUCAUCUCCAUCCAGGCCUUCCCGGCACUGCUGGACCUGCCCCAGGAAGCGGAGGCCCUGAAGGCCGGCUGCGGAUCCAGGCACACAGCCGUCGUGACACGGACAGGCGAGCUGUACACCUGGGGAUGGGGUCAGUAUGGGCAGCUGGGCCAUGGGGACACAGCCAGCUUGGACCAGCCGAGGAGAGUGGACCGCUUUGUGGAGUGGGGCCUUUCCGUGUUGGACGUCACCUGCGGGCCGUGGGCCACCUUCGUUCAGGUCAGGAGGCCAGAAGAGGACCAGGGGCUGUCCGGAGCACAGGCCGAGCACUGACUGCUCCAGGAGCUGCCUGGCCCAAGGACCCUGGAUAUCACUAGAGCAAAAAGGACCCAUUUUUAUUUACAGAGACAUGAAUACAGGAAACAUAAUAUAUAUUUAUUUAUUUAUAUUUUUUUGAUGAACAGAGCCAUCUCAGUAUAUUUUUACGAAGAGCAAAAURGUGAAGGGAAAAACAGGAGUCGAAUACUCAUUCCUUGUAGGAAAUCACUUCCUUUUUGGCCAGCAGGAUGUUGGCAAAGAAGCAAGCUCCCCUGCCAAAGCAAAUAAAAGGGGGGGGGGGGCUAAAUUGCUAUUUACAGCAGCAGCUAAACAAAAACUGGAACGUGCGUUUGCAGAAAUAAAUAAUACAGGACUGUAGUGAAACCAAGGUGCAAAUUUAGCCAUGAUAAAUGGUUCCAGGACCCCCUUGACGCCCGCCUCCUUUUCCCCCCAAGAGAAAGAGGGAGGCUUUGUCUUCCUUGCCCUUUGCCAGCUUCCAUUCCUAAGCAGCCUUUCCCUCCUCAUCCAAGCAGGAGCCCUUUACCCUCCCCUUGUUUUGGCUGCUUCUAAGGUCAGCCUACCUUGGAAAGGGCCGAUGCCUGGGAGGAGAAAGGUGAUGGUCCCGGGGCUCACGCUCCCCUCGAUCCCUAUCUACUGCUGACUGGCAGGAAAGAGCUUGCCAUGCAAGGGUAUAGACUGCCCCCCAUCCCCAUUUUUUCCUCUUUAAUUCUUUUUAAAAUACAAUUCUACAAAAAAUGUUCAUUUCAUUCCAUUAAAACAACAGUUAAAAGUGGCCCUGGCCCCACCAUGGAUGAAGCCCAUGGCGAGAGAACCAGGGGUGGGCAGGUAACUCGCGCCCCAUGAACCAGGAGGAGGCUGAGAAGCAGGCGGGCAAAAGGGGAUCCCCUUCAGCUCUCCAGGUUCGAAGCUGUGGAGUUCAGGACGCGGGAGCCCAGCUCAGAUUUGGAGGCCUUUGAAAGUCCGUGCUGCAGAAAGAGGAGAGAGGAGGGCCAGGUUGGGUUGGGGCAGCAACAAGCAUUUAUAACUUUAUUGUUGGGACGACAACUUCCAUCCCUUUUCAUUACAUUAUGUGACUCAAUUUGCGCUCCUGGGUUAUAAAUGUCAUUUCCUAAGGUUCUAUAAUUUUAAAAACAUAGAAAAAGUUUAUUAAACUGUAAACACAUCAUUUUUGUAGAAUAAACAUCUUGCAGUGCA